AUGUCUGCCGAAUACGAGCACGAGAACGGCCGUUACGAUGAGGAGCCGCGUUUCGCUCGCGACCGUAGCGCCUCUCCCCGUGACGAGCCCCGAGCUGACCGCGCUCGCAGCCGUUCUCCCAACGGUCGUCUCGACGAGCGUGGCCCCAUCGAUCCCCGCAAGCAGCUUGAUGAUGACGAGGGUUCUAUCAACUCUGGCUCCAACCUCUUCGUUACCGGCAUCCACCCGCGUCUGACUGAAUCCGAUAUCUCGCGUCUCUUCGAGAAAUACGGCGAUGUUGAGAACUGCUCCAUCAUGGUCGACCCUCACACUAAGGAAUCUCGCGGCUUUGGCUUCGUCAACAUGGUGACUGCUGAGCAGGCAGACGCAGCCAAGGAGGGCUUGCAAGGUGAGGUUAUCGAAGGCCGCACUCUUAGCAUCGAGAAGGCUCGUCGUAGCCGCCCUAGAACUCCCACUCCCGGCAAAUACUUUGGUCCUCCCAAGCGUGAGUUCGGCGGUGGUGGACGCCGAGGUGGCCGUGGUGACCGUUACGAUGACCGCCGUGGCGGCUACGGUGGCGGCGGAAACUGGCGUCGUGGUGGUGACGACUACCGCGGCGGCGGCUACGGCCGCGGCCCUGGUGGCAGUGGAAGUGGUGGAUACCGCGGUGGAGCUGAUCGCUACGCCUCCUCCUCCGGCGGCCGUGAGGAACGGUACGGCCGUGAUGAACGCCGCGAUGAUCGUCGUGGUGACGAACGCCGUGGCUACUAUGACCGUGAUGCUAACCCUCCCAGUUACGGACACGGUGCUCCUUCUCGCGAACCGUAUCCCGGCCGUUCUUAUGAACCUCGUGGUGGUGAAGAUCGGUACGCGGGUAGGUAG